CAUAUGGAAUCAGAGGAAAACCCAUACGAAUUGCUCUCAAAAUUAAAAGAAGAACAGCAACAAUUGUUAGCCGAAAUUAACAAUGGAACUGAGGAAAAAAUUGCCCUUUGCAGAAAGAACGAGGAAUACUGCGCCAGGAUCAGAAAGCUUCAAGCCAGGAUUGUAGCUGCUAAGAGCAAGAGAUCAUUCAAAUUGGUCAUUCGUUCAGGCAAGACUAAAUAUACAAAUUCAAACGGAGAAAGUUUGACAUUUUUUGAAGAUCCCAAAUUUGAAUAUGAUGAAGACGGGCCAACAAAAGGGCUAAUGAACGAGUUUAACAUGAAAUCAUUCAUGUCUGACGAUUUCUCUGAAUAAAUCAUCACUUACCUUCGAUUAUCUUUCUUUUUUAAGAUCUAUUUCGCUGUUAGACUCGC